AUGCAGCUGGAAGCUCCCAACUCCAAGGAAUUUUCUAAAGAAGUUAAAGAAUUUUCAUAUUGGAUGCUUGAUAUUGGAAAUGGUCGACAAGCCUCCAAUGAGUCCGGAGAAAGCACACUUCAUAUUCCUGGAGACUUAUUGGUUACUGAUUCUCAUAAUCCUCUUUUAUGUCUUGUUGAAUUAACAUAUCCAUUACUUUUACAGAACAUGAACAAUUUGACAAACUAUGAAGGGAGGGUGUUACUAUCUUCGAUUCAUGAUUCUAUAGAUAUUGUUAGUGACUUUGUUUUGUCGUUAAUUCUAGGGGAUGAAAAGGAAUAUUUGAAUGCCGACUCGACAAUUCUUUCAGAUGAAAAUUGUGCAGUUCUUGCGGAUUGGUUCACACCUAAAUUCUUGAAUGAAAUUAAAUUUUUAGGAAUGCCAAACCACCUAUUAAGGCUGAAGGUUGGAGUCCCAGAAUAUGCUUCUAAGAAACAUAGUUCAAUCCAAUGGCCUCUACAAUAG